GGCAGGGACCAGGGGCGCUCAGUGCGCACCCAGCCGUGUCGCCGCCACCAUGGGACAGAUCGAGUGGGCCAUGUGGGCCAACGAGCAGGCGCUGGCGUCUGGCCUGAUCCUCAUCACCGGGGGCAUCGUGGCCACGGCCGGACGCUUCACCCAGUGGUACUUUGGCGCCUACUCCAUAGCAGCAGGGGUGUUUGUGUGCCUGCUGGAGUACCCCCGGGGGAAGAGGGCCAAGGGCUCCACCAUGGAGCGAUGUGGACAGAGGUACAUGACGGCCGUGGUGAAGCUGUUCGGGCCCCUCACCAGGAACUACUACGUCCGGGCUCUCCUGCACCUCGCGCUGUCGGUGCCCGCUGGCUUCCUGCUCGCCACCAUCCUGGGGACCGCCUGCCUGGCCAUCGCGAGCGGCAUCUACCUGCUGGCGGCCGUGCGCGGGGAGCAGUGGACGCCCAUCGAGCCCAAGCCCAGGGACGGCGCGUCCCGGCCGGGCCACCCUGCGGGCGCCUUCCACGAAAGCCUGGGCGGGGCGACGCCCCUCGUCCGCCCUGGGACCCGGGACCGGCCCGGCCUCAGCCCCGCGCCCCCAGUCCGCCCUCGGGGCGAAUGGCCGCUGGGGACUCGGUGCACCCCGCGCGGGAAACGGCGCCUCCGAGGGUCCCGCCAAGCCUCGGUCACCCUGACGCCCGCCCCUCGGCCCACCCGCCCGUCUCCGGCGCGGGUCCGGGUUCCGGCCGCGUCCGCGCCGCCGCACUGA